AUGGCGCCUUAUAGGAUCUUUACGAUCCCCCGCGUCUUCGUCGGCGCUAUUCUCCUCCGUGUUGUCUUCCUAGUCUACGGCGGCUGGCAGGAUGCCAACUCCGCGGUAAAAUACACCGAUAUUGACUACAUGGUCUUCACUGAUGCGUCCCGCUACGUUGCAAAGGGUGAGCCGCCCUAUGCGCGGGAUACGUAUCGGUACACCCCCCUCCUAGCAUGGAUGCUUCUUCCCACGGCCUGGGACGGUCCAAAACCUUGGUCUACUCUCGCUUUCGCCUUUGGCAAGGUUCUCUUUGCCGCCGCCGACGUUGUGGCCGGAUGGCUGGUACUCCAGCUUCUUCGACGUGUCUACCGCCUGUCGACUGCUAAAGCACUGCGAUAUGUCGCCGCGGUCUGGCUGUGGAAUCCCAUGGUCGCCAAUAUCAGUACCCGCGGCAGUGCGGAGGGUUUGUUGGGCGUUCUCGUUGCUGCACUCUUGUGGGCUACCUUGACCAGAAAGGCCAUCUUAGCUGGCGCGAUCCUGGGUCUUGCGGUGCAUUUCAAGAUCUACCCCUUUAUUUACGGCGCUUCCAUCAUCUGGUGGUGGGACGCACAGCGCGACGGUGCACCUCCGGCUGGCCAGCCCGAUCUAUUUACGAGGGCGAUGGAGUUCGUGACGCAUUCUCGAGUCCGAGUCACCCUCUCGGCUUUGGCUACCUUUGUUGCCCUAAAUGGGAUCAUGUACCUCCAAUAUGGUAUGCCGUUCCUACACCACACUUUCUUCCACCAUCUCACGCGCAUCGACCAUCGACACAAUUUCUCGCCCUACAGCACUCUUCUUUACCUCACCUCGGCCGGGCAAACCGGGUAUCACUUUGAGGCACUCGCCUUUCUGCCUCAGCUACUGCUUUCCGUGGUUGCGUUGCCCUUGGUUCUUGCGAAGAAGAACUUGGCGACGACCAUGCUGGCGCAGACUUUUGCCUUUGUGACAUUCAACAAAGUGUGCACUAGCCAGUAUUUCCUAUGGUACCUCAUCCUCUUGCCAUUUUAUCUACCCUCCUCUUCUCUGAUGGGCAGGCCGAAGCUUGGCAUCUUGGCUGCCAUUCUCUGGGUUGUUGGACAGGCCCUUUGGCUGUGGCAGGGCUUCAAUCUGGAAUUCCUCGGCCUCUCCUCGUUUGUGCCGGGCCUGUUCCUUGCUUCUUUGUUUUUCUUUGCCGUCAAUAUUUGGAUCCUCGGCAUCAUCAUCCAGGAUGGUGGGCUUAAUGGGGAUCCGAUCGCCAUGGCAAGGAAGGUUCACUGGGAAGACUGA